ACUCGUUAUGUAUUAUAGUUAGUUGAAAGAGUUGGAACGGCGUGUGUGUUUAACAAGAUUGUUAGAGAAGUAUUUUUAAUCUUUAUUAAAAAAUCCAAAAAAAUAUAAAGAGCAAGUAUGACCACGCCAUGUUCAACUCCCCCUCCGAGGAGUAACAUCUCUACGCCUAGCGCACCUAAAGUCGUCCGAGUAAGAUGCGGAAAAAUAGAAUAUAAUAUUGAGGAAUCUCCUAUGUCUGGCAUUGUUAAGGGAACUAUGAAAGUGAGUGUUUCCAAGAAAGAAUCUAAGAAAAAAGUGAAGAGAAAACAUUCCGAAAGUAAAAUCGGAAAUCCUUUUGCAAAAAAAACGAAAACGGGAGAGGACUUUGGUAAUAUAUGGCCGCAAGAGGACCUAUUUAACGCUAAGGAAAGACUAAAAAAAGGAAAGCAGGAAAGUGUUAAGGAUGAAAUUAAUUGGCUAACCUUAGGGAAGAGGAAGAAAGUGAUGUGGUUCAGAAACUUAUCCUUUUAG